CCGCGUCACUCAAUCGGCUCUUGCGCUCCGACACGCGCGCGACGCCGCCGCUGACGAACACACCGACGACGACGACGACGACGACACGGCGACCACGACGACGACCACGAGACAGAGAGUCGCAUCCGCCCGGCGUCCGCGGGCCCCCCCGUCGACGUAGACCGUAGACGUGUCUCGUCGAGACGGAAUUUUUUUCUUGGUAAAUUCGCUCUCGCACACACACACACACGCACACACACGCACACACACGCACACACAAACGACUAAGUAUUAGACGGGCGAGCCAAGUCGCCGCCGACGACGCCGUCGCGGGUCCCGCAACCCUUGUACUGUUAUAUUUAUAAUUUCUGAUGAUUUCGUCUAUGGCUAUGUUACCAUCAAUUUUGGCGGCCGGGAUUUUUCUACAAACGAUCAUACCAGUAUUGUCUACGGUUAGCUGGGAAGAUUGGUGGACUUACGAUGGCAUAUCAGGUCCGGCGUUCUGGGGCCUGAUAAAUCCAGAGUGGAGUCUUUGCAACAAAGGUCGACGACAGUCACCCGUCAACUUGGACCCGGAAAAAUUGCUCUACGAUCCCAACUUGACCGAACUGCACGUGGACAGGCAGCGGGUGGACGGUAUGAUAUGCAACACCGGUCACAGCGUUAUGUUUUAUCUGGAGAACGGCACCAAGAAUCACAUAAACAUCACUGGCGGACCGCUGUCGUACAAAUAUCAAGUGUACGAGAUACACAUACACUACGGCCAGCAGGACGAAAUUGGCUCCGAACACUCGAUCAACGGUUAUUCGUUUCCGGCAGAGCUUCAGAUAUUCAGUUUCAACUCGCAGCUGUUCGCCAACUACUCGGACGCGGUGCAGAGAUCACAUGGCAUCGUCGUGCUUUCGUUACUAUUACAGCUUGGAGAUUUGUCUAAUCCAGAAUUACGGAUACUCACCGAUCAUUUGGACAUGAUCAAAUAUAGUGGCGAUGAAGUUCCUGUUAAACGAUUGUCAGUCGCCGAUCUGUUACCAGCCACCCAUUACUACAUGACGUAUGACGGCUCUACCACGGUUCCCGCGUGUCACGAAACCGUUACCUGGUUAAUACUUAACAAACCAAUCUACAUCACUAAACAGCAAUUGUACAGUCUGCGGGGCCUGAUGCAGGGCAGCAAGAAGAACCAAGGUAUGGCGCCGCUGGGCAACAAUUUCCGACCACCACAGCCGCUGCACAAUCGGCUGGUGCGCACCAAUAUCGAUUUCAACCUGAGAAAGGACGAUGAGAAAUACUGCCCGAGCAUGCACAAAGACGUAUACUACAAGGCCAACGACUGGAAACCUCACUAAUAACGUACCUACCUACGUAUAUACAACUCGCGGCCGCCGCCGUAGCCUUCGCCGUCGUCACUCGUCCGUUGAAACAACAACAACUGCACCGUCGUCGAGCAAACCGGACGACGACGACGACGACAUUCCAGUAUACAUCAUUUUAAGAUAUCAUUAUUACGAUAUUAAUAUUGUGUAAAAUAAAUUAUUUAAUUAAGUAUAAAAAAUAACUGAGAAAAAAAAAACGUAUGGCAAGGCCAAAAAAAAAAAAAAUAACCGACUCUAAGAUUAUCCGAGGGCUCUCUCUACCACUCUCACUUUCUCUCUCUCUCUCUCUCUCUCUCUCUCUCUCUCCUCUCCAUUUCUAUUUUUCUCUCAAUCACUCUCUCUCUUUCUCUCUCUUUCUCUCUCUUAUAUUUCUAUUUUACGCUCUAUCUCGUUUUCCUACUCCCUGGAUUAAUUUUGGGCUCGAGCACGAACGUCUCAUUCCGAUAGGCACACCCCCACGCACGGCGUAAUAACAAUAACAAAGGUUUUAGUCUGUUUCGUCGUUUCGACAACAAUCGUAAUAUUAACUAAUAAUAAUCAUGUUUAUACGAAAUGCAUGAUGAAAAAAAUGUGGAAAAAACGCCUCGCUGCUUUGCUCGAAAAACGGUACUACCUAUACGAACGUUUUGUCCGUAUAUUCUACCGGGUCGCGAGAGAGGACGGGGAGAAGUCCUUAGGGUCGGAUUUUUUUUUCCUAUAUAUUUUUUUUUUCUUCAGGGAUAAUAGUUGUAUUAAUAAUAUAUAUAUAUACAUGUCUUCGGCUCGAUAUCGGGAGGUUCUCGGAAACGGAAUCCUUCGCAAUACGCGCGUUCCAAUAAUACAACUGUAAUGUUGCUAUACGGAAGUAAAACGAACGCACGCGAAAACCCUCGAACGAAACAAUAAUAUUAUACCCACGCGUAGUGCAGAGAAUAAAAUAUAUAAAUAUAUAUAUAUAUAUAUAUAUAUAUAUAGUCGUACCCAUCUACCCACCCAACCCGCCAACUUCGCCUACCCGCCUUCCCCAUGCAUACGUAAGCACGCCGGCGACGACGACUUGCGUAUAAAAAUCGCUCUCCGUUUUUCCGGGUGUUUUAUAGAUUUUGCAUUAGGACACGUUGUGUUUAUGGGCACAUGAAAAUAUGUUUUCCCGUGUCGUAAUACCUACCUCCCGAAAUGUGUAUUUGUCAUUACCCCGGGAAUAAUAAUAUAUUCCCACUCGAAUCGUAUUCCCUCGCACUGAUCUCAGACGUCGGAGCAUAAUAAUAAUA